GUUUUUCAAAACGACGCCCGCCAUUUUAAUGUUGUUGUAGUUAGUAGUCGGAUCGAAAUAGUAUAGUGAGUUUACUUCUUUUCUUUCUUUUUUUUUUAAACUCGGAUAUACCACCUGUAGCAGGAAUGGAGUCUCGCUUCUCAUACCUGCGCCAGCCGGACAGCAGCGUCUCCAUGCUGCGCGUCAAGAUGUCCCGGCGUCGCUCGCAGUCCCAGAAGGAGAACCGAGACCGGGCCUUGACCCGGCUGCGACGCCUCGACAAGCUGCCGGAGAUGGACGCAUCUGCCCUGGACGUGUCGGCCGUUGGUCAGGUGGCGGUGUGUCGCCAGGAGACGGUGCCCACAAAAAAACAAGGCAGAGAUCCAAAUGCUGCCGCGGAGGAGAGGAUGAAGAUGCUGAGCCGCUACAAGGAGGCCAAGGAGCUACAGAAGGAGAAGGAGAAGAGAGAGCGGGAGAGGAAGGGCGGGGUGUUUAAGGUGGGCCUGUAUAAGCCCCAGCCCCUGGCCCCUCUCUCCCAGGUGUCCGGCGCUCCGAGCAGGGCCAAGCCUCUGGUGCCAGCUUCGGCGCCGGCUCCGUCCGGCCGUGUGACGCGCUCCAUGAAGCAGCAGCCACUUCAGAAGAUUGCUUUGCCUGUACCGCAGAAAGCUGUACCUAGAAAAGUGGAACCAGCUGUAGUCAAGGCACCAGCGAGUAGAGUAAACAAACCCACAGCGCCCUCAUCAGGAAGAGGCAAAGCGACUGCAGUGGAGGCCGCUGUUAGAACCCCAGCAACCAGAUCUGCCGGUGAUUCACAGACCUCUACCCAAGCAGCUCUGCAGAAACCAGCUGGCCGUACAACCAGAGCUUCCAGUAAGCAGCACGUGGAGCCCCCUAAAGGCAGAGCCAAGCCAGUGCAAAGCAAAACUAAGAUGCCCCCCAAAGAACAGAAGGCUGCUGUUCAAGAUGAGAGAGAGGAAUCAGAGGCUGCUCCCUCCCACCCCCCCGCAGGACCGGCGCGGGGUGCCAGGGCUGACGUACCUCCCGACCCCCCUUCUUUUGCACCCCAGGGCUUUGUGUUCCAUGCGCCGGCUGGUCUGAAGCCCUUCCAGUGCGCCCCCCUCACUCCACGCUCUGCCGAUGCCUUUCUCACCCCAAGCGCUGCCUCCCCGAAACUCUCCUUUCUCUCCCCUGUGGUUUCCCGGCCCUCCAUACAGCCGGCUUCUCCCCCACCUCUGCGUCGGACCCCGUCGCCCCCUGCAGGUCCGCAGGAAGCACAGCACGACGUUCCCUAUUUCAGGGCAGUAAUGGCGAGUGAGACUGAGCGGCUCAGCGGGCUCUGUGAGCAGUGGGAGGUCCGAACCGAGGACUCCUCCAUUCCGGAGGAAAUCAGGGAUGGUAUGCGCACGGCCAUUGGCCAGGCCCGCCUGCUGAUGAAGGAGCGCUUUAGCCAGUUCGAAGGCCUGGUGGACGACUGCGCCCUGGGGCGCGGGGAGAAGAUCACCACCUGCAGCGAUUUGCAGGGCUUCUGGGACAUGGUGUACUUCCAGGUGGAGGAUGUGAUGAAGAAGUUUGACGGUCUGAAAGCAGCAGAGUGCAGAGGAUGGCAAGACGAACCCAAGCUUCGGCCCCGUACGAAGCGGGCCGUCAAGAAGGUGGCCCAGGCAGCUCCAGCUAGCAAGAGCGCGGGGGAGAGUGGGGGGAGCGCCGUGGGGGCGAGCGCCGCGGCCAAGAGCCGGCUGGCGGCGGUCAAGGCCGCCAUGAGGGCCAGGCGGGCAGCUGCGGGCGAAUGUGCCGAGCCUGUGGCCGACGCCCCUGCGGACGCGGCGGCGCCCCCAGAGCCCCCCGCCCCGGCCGUGGUAUUCCACGGGGGCUUUUUCAAGGUGGAGAGCCCAGCCAAACUGCCGGGUCUUUUAAGAAGAUCGGCUCGGCUCAGCGCGGCUGCCUCUCCCGCUUCCGCGUUCACGACUCCGGCGAGGCCUCGGCGCUCUGACGCGGUCAAGCCUUCCCCUGUUUGCCAGAGGCUCCACACCCUAACCCCCCCACGUCGCACCCCUCAUUCCCUCUCCCAGUCCACCCUCCCUCAGGAUGACGCACAAGCCGAUUCCCCUAGCGCCUUCCGUUCGCCCUCAGGUCAUGUGACUCAGGACGGUUCCCUUCCGAAUGGCUGCCCUGCAUUUCAGGUAGCCAGCGACAGUAAGCGGCCCAGUUUAUCUGAUGACCAUUCGGAGCCCGAUCUGGCCAGUGCCCCUUUGCAGUGCCCCAGACUGGGCAGCCCUCUCCCCGCAGAAUCGCAAACGGACGUUGAGCCACCACAAGUGGAAGAGGGUCAGGGUCUCGUGGCAGAGACAGAGACGGGUGGUCAGGCUGACUUGGCUGCAGAGGUGGAAUGUCCUUCGGGUGACCUGUCAACCAAAAAUUUGGAACAAAAUUCAAGCUUUCUUCACUCACCCUCUCGUAGCGCGAAUUCCUCCCUGGCCAGUGCCCAUGGGCUUAGUUUUACCCUGUCCCCCACCCCAUAUGAAAGUGCCCCAAUAGAUGCUGGGCUCACUGCCCUCAGUGAGUUGUCCCAAAGUGCCCCCCAGCCUACCCCCUGUGCCGCCCCUGAUUCCACACAGAGCCCCACUGCAGACGUGGACAUGAGUUCAACCCCAGACUCCUCCUACGUUGAGUACCUCACAGGCCUGGACUUCGAGCGCUACCUGCGGCCCCCGAUAAGGAGCAGCCUCUCGCCUUGGCGGCCGGCCUCCGCGGAAGCAUCGCCGAUGGCUGUCGACGUGAACGCUGACAGCCCCGGGCCCCAGCCGGGAGAGUGGCCUGUGGGGGGCGCUCUAAAUCACAUGGGUCCAACCAGGGAGCUGAGGGCACUGGAGCCGGCGGAGCUGCCAGGUUCCAGUUUGCUGCUUUUCACCCCGGAGCAGAAGGUGAAGGUCCGCCAGUCAGUGUGUGGGAGGGACCUCAUGAUGUUCACCCCUCCCUCCAGCAGCUGAACAGAAGCGUGCAGCCUUCCUUUUGGCUCGGUGAAGGAGACCUUCAAUAAAACGUUGUACCUUGUGGUCUCUUCUGCUCGUUCUUGCUUCAUGCACAAUGUACCCUCACCGAAUGCCCUGCUUUGCAUUUUGAAUAGUGAGAUAUAUAUAUUGUAUUAGUUUUGGUGUUUGCUGGUUCUUUAGGAUGCAGUGUGUAGUUUCCCCACUGCCUUGUACUUCACCUUUGACUCAAACAUAAAACUUUACCGUUUUUUCAUGGAUUAAGCAAGUAGCUGAAUUAAUAAAUGGUCCAACAUUUAA